CAUGAGCUCCGCCGCCAUGGCUGUUUCCCCUCCAGACUACAAGCUUUCUGCUGUGUAUCGCAUCCGGAUUAUCUCAUUCUCUGGCUUUGGAUCCGGACGAACACCAUAGUGCCUAACUCCUAUCCGGACGGAGGCCAUGGCGCCAAACCCCUAUCCAGACGACUUCAGUCUCGCAUCGUCGCCGCCCUGAUAUUGUGAUGCGUAUCACAUCCCUCAUAAUUGUGUGCUACUUCUGUGCAAUGCAUCCUGAAUACCCUCACGAUAGCCCCCGCGUCGCGGCGCCACCACCUCCUUAGUGCUCGUCAAGACUUCCCCUGCACUCUGGUUGCGUCUGGAGAUAUUGAAUCUUCAUGUUGCCAUAUCUGGACUGGUUAAGCGACGAAGGUGAUUUUGGGAUACACAGGAGUGCCUGGCUCAGAAUCUACUACUCAAGUACUGUACAGUUCAAUUCUGAUUUAUUUACUAUUGAUCUACUGGUGAUCCCGGCCGCCAAGUCUCUACGUGGCUUCUGCAGUACUCAUGCCUCUCUUUGGCCAUCAACGUCUUCUCAUUAUAUGUUUGGUUUAUGAACACGUAUUCUGCCGCCUGGCUGCUCUGCGCAGUCACAUUCUUAUGCAAUACUUAUACUGUCACCACGGUUGUCCCUCGAAAGCGCCAAGUCCGCCUGUCUCCAAGUAUCUCUAGGGGCAAAAUCACGGGCAAGGGAAGGUGUCGCUUCUUCAGAAUCCUCAAGAGUGAGGGAGAGGCAUGAGGUAUGGUUGCGGGUCAACAAAGGCUCAGGAAGCUCCUGCGAAUCAAUAGGACUGCUGACAUUUUCCAGAAAGUCUGGAAAGUCUGCAGCGUGGGGGUCACAGUUGAGUAGUGCAGUGAAAUCCAUGUCCUGUGAAAGAUUUAGGCUCGCGAGAGGUCCGGACUGACCAAUUAAUGGUAAAUCUAUGACUACAUGACUACCCCGAGACGAUUGGAUCGGGGCUGGGUUCGAUUUCCUGCUCACAAGUUCAGCAGGUAGGGCGUCCCAGUCAUGAUGAUAACCUUCAAGCCUGUCAUUUUGGAUGCUGUGUUCUUGACGCAUCUUUUUGUUGAGCUCCUUGCGAAUAUGGUCCAGGAUCAUCUACGCCCGGUAUACCUCUGACGUGGAUAUAGGUCCUGUGGGUUCAGCGAGAUUUUAGCAAUAUUCGUCACAGGGGUGUAAUUACGAGUUCUGCAAAUCGUCACCUCCGGACAAUUCUCGCUUGAAGUCCCUUGGCUCAACAUAGACACUGGUCUCCCACUCACUGACUGUAUGGUAUAGUAUCGCCCAUGUAAAGCAGAACAGUGUGCCAUCGAUCUUGUUUAUCAAGGUAGGGUCUGCAAUGCCUCGAAUCCUUUUCCCGGCGAAGUACUUGCCAUAUAUUGCAUGAGAUAUCUGUGGAGCUAGGAAUCGUAAGCUCGCCUGCUGCGCUCGGACAAUAGACUGUCAGGUCAGAGGAGAGGUCUUGUGCAGUCAAUCGUUGGUGACAAACCUCAUAUCCUUUCGGGUUGCACAUAAACCAGUCCUCUUUUAGCAGGUAUUCAACCUGACGCACAGUAUGACAAGGGUCGUUCAGGAGUUGAUAAAGGUUUCCGAUCGUGUUUUUCACAUGGUAAACAAGAUGUGCUCGUAUGCUCUUGUGUUUGGAACGUAUCUUUCACUAUUAGUACUUCUCUGUACAUCGAGGUAUAUAUCUGACUGCACUUACAAUGUUGAGACCAUCCUCGGCUCAUUCUA